GCGGGCAUUGCAAGGUAGUAAAAACGCAUCAAACUCUUACCUCUCAGUAGUUCCAUGAAAAAAUAUGGAGGACUGUUUCGAUUCCGAUCUUUGCAGAGGAUUAAUUCGUUUCUUUGACUUGGCAUCGGUGACAUCAGCUCACGAAGCAUGGCAGAUCAAACUGAGAGAGCUUUCCAGAAACAGCAAACUGUUUGCCUGAACAGGAAGGCAAAUUUAAAGAAGAAAACCCGGCACUACAGGAACAUUGGGCUGGGUUUUAAAACUCCCCGAGAGGCCAUUGAGGGUACCUACAUCGAUAAGAAGUGCCCAUUCACCGGCAAUGUCUCCAUUCGCGGACGCAUCCUGACUGGGGUAGUCCAAAAGAUGAAGAUGCAGAGAACAAUUGUCAUCAGGCGCGACUAUUUGCAUUACAUUCGCAAAUACAAUCGCUUUGAGAAGAGACAUAGAAAUAUGUCCGUUCAUCUCUCUCCCUGCUUCAGGGACGUGUCCAACGGUGACGUUGUCACCAUCGGGGAGUGCAGACCUCUCUCCAAGACAGUGAGGUUCAAUGUCCUCAAGGUGACCAAGGGAGCUGGCUCAAAGAAGAGCUUCAAGAAGUUCUGAAUUAUGUAAAAUUUAAUAAAAAAAAGGAGAGAAAA